AUGGUUGAGAAAGCUAAUGCAGUAGACCAAGCUCUAGAUCUAGCGAUUCCACUCAGAGAGCCCAAGAAGCUCCAUGAGGCCAUGAGAUACUCUCUUCUCGCUACCGGCAAGCAUUCGGAAGCCGCUCUGCAUUGCCGCCUGCGAGCUCAUUGGCUAUCACGAGUCAAACGCGAUGGCCACUGUGUGUGCCAUGGAGAUGAUCCACACGACGUCGUUAAUUGA